CAUCAACUCUAUCUUCGGAACCUCGUUGGUGUACGCAUUCAUCACGAUGCCAACGACAAGAACUGGAGCUGCAAGUGGAACUAGAUUCAUGCGGGUCAGCCCUCUGCUUCUUGGUGUCGUGCCUCGCUGAUGUUCUCUGGCAGGUGUCUGGUCAACUACCGGCAUUGCAGGCCGUGUACGGAGUGACCGACCUGAGCUUGGGUGGCCACAAGCCUGGACAGGCAAGAAAAUUCAGCCAAGUUCUGUCAAUUCGAGCGUGACAUUUCAACAGAUGUUGUACUGCAUGUACGAGGCAGAGGGCGCAUGCAGCGUGUUCAGGAUGAACUAUGGUGAGUGGCUUUUGGACUUUCGCUCGCCUUGUGGCUUAUUCCUCGAACAGGGAAGGGAGUUAUGUACUAUCUCGGCUUCGACUGGUACAACAGCCCCCGACAAGCCGACACAUCACGGUAAGGACUUGCCUGCCCUUCGCUCUUCCCAUGUCUGCCUGAUUUCUACCAUCUUUGCCGUUCCCUCUGAUCGAGCUCUUCGUUCUUUCUUCAUCGUUACGUGCCCUUCUCCCCCCUCCCCCCGUUCUGCUAUCUCUGUUCCGAGCAUCACUGAUCCAAUAUGCAGAUGGGACAUGGCGCUCGGGGCUGCUGUUCUCCCGGAGUAUUCACCUUAGAUUGUAACAUUCUCGCUCUUCUCCGGCAUGAGCCUGUUGCUAUUAAUUCUUUUCCCGCGCUAAAAAACAGUAAAAACCGUCCUACUCUG